AUGAUCGCUUCAAGUCCAUUUGUGGCACGCUUAGUGUAUACAAAACCUCAAUGUCCAGGUGCUACCAUUGCGCGUGCCACGCAUCCCUACAAGUUAAAGCUUUUGGGUGAGAGCUGUGAAAUAAAUGGUGAAGUUGCUGAACGCCCCCUCAAGCUUAGUAGCAUAAAUUUUAGGAGGGUGAAUUUAGCCUCUAACCUAUCAAAUCACCAGAUGAAUAGCCAGAGGCGUCGGCUUAAUACAUUAAUGAGAGUAUCGGCGAGCUCAUUAGACAAAGAUGUCCAUUACUAUUUAAACAACGGAUUGGGAUCCAUCGUAUUGCUAGUUGCCACUGGGGUAGCACUAAUUUUUGCAAACAUAGCAAAAACAGCCCCACUCUAUGAGCUUUUUUGGAGCAGUUAUAUAGGUCCCAAAGCUUUAAAUUUAUCUAUGACCUUGCAUCAUUGGGUAAAUGAAGGACUUAUGGCACUAUUCUUUUUCUCCGUUGGUCUAGAAAUAAAAAGGGAGUUUAUCCAUGGAAGUUUAUCAAGUUUGAAACAAGCCAUUUUACCGUGCUUUGGUGCUGUUGGUGGAAUGCUAGUUCCGAUGCUAUUUUAUUUGGUUUUUAACCUCGCUUCAUCUAAUGGAGUAAUGGCAGGCUGGGCUAUACCUAUGGCAACGGACAUUGCCUUUGCUAUGGGUAUAUAUGGAUUUUUUAAGAAUAAGAUGCCAACCGGUGUAGCUGCUUUUCUACUGACUUUGGCUACAGUUGACGACCUUGGAGCUAUACUGGUCAUCGCUAUCUUCUUCUCAAAAACAUUAAUUAAAGAAUAUGUUUUCCUUGCUAUAGCUGUAUCCGGAGUGAUGUUCUCUGCAUGCAAAAGAAAGGUUACAAAUACUAAAGUGUACAUGUCGCUUUUCGUUUUAUUAUGGUAUUUUUUGUUACAAGGUGGAAUCAACGCUGAUAUUGCUGGCGUCAUAACAGCUUUGGCUAUACCAGGCAAUUCAUUGGCACCAAUACAUUCGAAGGCUCCCCCAGAACAUGAAGGGCAAAGUGUUACUCUCUUAGAUCAUCUGAUACACGCGUGGAGCCCGUGGACCACAUUAUUGGUGAUGCCUCUCUUUGCACUGGCAAACACUGCUGUAUUAAUUGAUCGUGCUGUAUUCGGUUCAAUAAUGACUACACCUAUUGGUCAAGGUAUUUUUUUUGGCCUAAUGCUUGGCAAGCCUAUAGGUAUCGCAGGUAUUUCGUGGCUAGCUAUUAAUUUAAGAAUUGCUAAAUUCCCGGAAGGUAUGAGUCUAAAACACUUAGGGAUUGUGGGACUUUUGGGAGGAAUAGGUUUCACGAUGUCACUAUUCUUGAUCGAAAUGGCACUUUCGGUUUUGCAUCAGCUUUACUUGGCUGUGCGUUCAUGA